AACGAAAAACAAUAUAUAAGUGAAAUGAGUAUCGAGCAACAACAGCAACAACAACAAUACGUUGCUAGUAGCUCAAAUUUGGAGAAUUAUUGCAAGAACUGUGAUGUUUACUUCGAAAGCGACAAGAGUCUUGACGUGCACCUGCGUUAUCAUCACGAGAACCUGUUAAGCCAGUGGGCGAGCGAAGCUCAACAGGAAGAGAGUAACAACAACAACAGUAAGGCCGGCAAUCACAACAGUCACGUGGGCGUUAAGCGCGACAGUGUAACCGCGCCAGCGGACUCGAGUGAAACUAUCCUGAAGCAGCCCUUGCACGAUCCGACGUCAUUGUCGCAAAAACCAUCCACGCAGCAGCAGCAGCAGCAGCAGCCGUCGCAGCAACAGCAACAGGCUCAACAACAACAACAACAGCCGGGUGCAGCUGAAACUUAUAAUCAAUUCCAGCCGUCGAUGUUCAGCGAAACGAAUUACGUCAUGCAGAACGAUCAGGCCUACAUGAUGCCCCAUCACUAUUCACCGCCGCGUGAAGAUAACGGCGGUGGAAGUUACUCGCGUUACCAUCCGUAUCAACAUCAACAACACUUCGUACCGGAUCAUACGAGUUCAGUGAGUUCGACCAGUCCGAGUAGUCCGCCCCUACAGUGCGACAAGUGUGGUGCAGUGUACGAAAACGCGAAUCAGCUGGGUGAACACGUGAGGGCGAAUCAUUCGAAUUCACCCAGUGGAUAUCCAGGACAGCAUCAGUAUCAGCAGCUGGGUAGCAGCCCGCAACAACAGAAUCAACAGCAACAGCAGCAGAUGCAUCCGUCACCGCCGCAGUCUAGCCAGCAGCAACAACAGCCUGGCUACGACUACAACGGCGGGCAACCGGUGGAAAUUGAGGCGAAACAGGAACCGGACGAACAGGCGGAAAUUUUAGACCUGGAUUCGCACAAGGUACAAACUCACAGAUACGAGGAAGAGCUGAUGCGGCUUCAUCAUCAGCAACACCAUGAGCUGCAUAUGCAGAUGCAUCAGCAGCAAGUGAUGCAACAUCAGCAACAGCAGCGAGUCGGAACGCAUUCGGUGAGUGCCAUGCUGGGUUGGCCACCGGGUGCACAGCCGCACGACUAUCAUCCCGGUUUGUCGCCAAUGGGCCCGUUGGACAGUGUUUCUUCUCUCUCGGAUCAGGCCCAAUUCAUGCGAGGGCAGCACAUGCCUGUCGAACCACAACGACAUCCAGGCUCCCCAAUCAUUACGAGUACACAGCCGAUACCGGUUCACCAAAUGCCUGGAGGUCUUUUGCAACAACCACCGAAACCUCCACCUUUGGCUAAUCAAUCGUGGAAAAGUAACGAGGCGCGGCGGCCAAAGACCUAUAACUGCACUGCGUGCAACAAGUGGUUCACCAGCUCGGGCCAUCUGAAGAGGCACUAUAACACGACGCUACAUAAGAACGCGGUGAAACAGAGCAAUCAGCCGGAUCCAGCUAAUUUGCCGAUCAGCGCUCACCAUCACCCUGGUAGAGAAAGCCAUUCUGGUGGCAGAGGUGGAGGACCAUCUAGAUCGCCGGAGUUACCUUCUUCCGGGAGUCCCCCAAACUUGAUGGCAGGUCCCUCGGGCGAGGCGGCGAGGGGCCUGCUCCACACGCCCACCACUGUUUACAACAGCAACAGCAACAACAACAACAAUUCCAACAACAGCAACAGCAGCAGCAGCAGCGAAUCUUCCGCGGUAACGGCUGCUCUAACGCAACCAUCGCCUACGGCGGUCCACUUGGCCUCCACAAUGGUACCGCCGCUCAAUUCUCCGGUGGAAUCACCGCUGGCGGGUCAUCAUCAACAUCAAAUGGGUUCAUCGCCCCCUCAGCUGGGCCACCAACAUCAACAUCAACAUCAACACCAGCAGCAGCAGCAGCAGCAACCGCAGCAGCAGCAGCAGCUUCAUCAGCUGUCAAUGGGUUCGCCAUCGGGCCAACUUCAUGUCCACCCCAUGAAUUCACCCAUGCACCCACCACCGGCGCCCCACCUGAAUUCACCUACGUCAAUGGGCCCAUCCCAUCCACACCAUCACAUGAAUUCUCCAUCUGCCAUAACGCCGAGCUCGGUCCACCCAGCAAUGGCUUCGCCCACGGCAAUGGGGGGUACUACGAUGCCUCAUCAGCCGUACCCAAACGCUUUGCCCCCCCACGUUAUACCUACUACCAACAUCCCGGGACUGCUGGAGUCUUUCACCAUCCAACUAACUACUACUGGUAAUGAGAUGUCUUUUUCACUCACCGGACAAUCUCAACAUCAGCAGCAGUUACAUCAUCAUGAUCAACAGCAGCAGCAACAGCAGCAGCACCAGCAGCAGCAGCAACAAGAACAGCAACAACAACAACAACAGCAGCAGCUGCAAUGUCUGGACGUGUUACCCGGUUUUGGGACCUUUAGCAACCAUCAUCAAAGGUCUCUGCCGUGUUUCACUCAGUUCAACGUAGCCGGGUUUUUGAUCGGCCAGAAUCAACUGCAGGCCGUAAACGUGGGGGGGCUAAGUCCAGAGGAGAACGUAUCUCCUCAGAAUCGAUCGUUCGAAUCGACUGGAUCCAACUAUGAUCCGUACAGUAACUCACCGCCUCAAUACGAAUCCCUUACCAACAUGGACGUGAACAUGCAGCCGAACACCGACGGCAUGAUCAUCAAGCAGUACGAGAUUCAAACCCAUCACAAUAAUCAGCAUCUGUUGCACCCGCUCCAGCAGUCUCAGGAGAAUCUCGAGGCGAACAACAAUCUGCCGCAACAGAUGCGCGCGAAGAAUCAAUUGAGUUCGAGCCGAGACGGCAGACUAUCGGCGAAGACUCCGAAAUCGAAACGCAUUUCUGUGAUCACUAAGGAGCAUCAGGUGACCAGUACCAACACCGGCUCGCACUACAUUUCCGAGAACGGCUUUCACAAGUGCAUCGAGUGCGACAAGUUCUUCAACAAGGCUUGCUACCUGACGCAACAUAACAAGAGCUUCCACUCUGGCGACAAGCCGUUCAAAUGCAAUCAGUGCGGCAAGAGGUUCCCCCUCGAGUACCAGCACGCGGAGCACCUGCAGAAGCACGCCGGUGACAAGCCGUACAAGUGCGAGAUAUGUCCGAAGCAGUUCAACCACAAAACUGACCUCAGACGGCACAUGUGCCUCCACACUGGCGAAAAGCCGUACGCCUGUGAUACUUGCGGCAAGGGAUUCAUCAGAAAGGACCAUAUGAUGAAGCAUUACGAGACGCACAAAAAGAAGAACAACAACAACAACUAUAACGUUCAUCUGAGGACGUGAUUCGAGACGAGGACUUGGAGGACCGAGCCACCAGAGCUAAACUCAAGGACUAAAAAUCGUAAACAAAUGGGGCAACGGUCGUUACUAGAUGAUCCAUGCCAGCACGCAUGGUGUUUUACUUGUGAUUAUCGAUCGAAAGGUAAGAUCGAAUACCACGAUCGGACGACACACUCGCUUUACGUUAAUAUAUAUCGAGCGAGAUCGAUCCACGUUGCGAUUUCUCGAAUCGAUCUCUUCCGCUUUAAAUACGAUCAGAGAGACAUUGGGACUCAAGUGCACGUGGUAUAUUUGAAUUUAAGUUUCUAUAAUUUAUUAAUCGUAGUUUCUUAGUUAUGUAUAUUAUAUGUAUCCAUUUCCUUCAUUGUUCGACAUUUUUGAUUUCUGCCGGAACGAGAAGAAAAGAGAAUAAAAAAAAAAAAUGAUUUAAUAUAUCAUACUUUUUUUGUCACGUUUUUCUUUGACCCGACAAAGGAAUCGUUGAUAAUUUUAUUUCCCCCGAGAAAUUGGAACAUAGUUUAAACACCAUAUCUCGUUUUCGAAAUAAAUCGCAUUUUUUAUUAUUUCUUUUUUUUCGUUUUUUUCUCCUUUUCUUUAUUAUCUUUCUCGUGAUUUACCAGAGAUCUCGUUAAAGGAAGUCGCAAUUCGAUUUUGUCAAAGGAGAAAUCACGGUACACGGAAUGGAGAAAGAGUUCUCUCGUUGAUCGCUCGAUUCAGUGCAUCGCGAUUAUUCCCCCUUUGAGAGAUGAACGAGUCCUGCAACAUAACAAUCAGCAGAAUAAUCGUACGCCUAAACAUGCAACAGUAUUUUAUACAAUUGUUAAACUUCGACAUUGUCCUUAAAUGUCGUCUCCAUUGUAAUGGAGACCAUCUGUUGUGACGUCGAUCCUUCGAAGCUUAAUUGUACAAAAUACAUGUCGAUUAUUGUACUGAUUAUUAUCACUGUAAUUAUUAAAUACGUAUAAUAUUCGCCGGGCAUCUGUUCACGGCAGCAUCGCGUUCAUUCUUCAUCUUCUUUUUUUUUUUUCUUCUUCGUUUCUGUUUCUACUUCAACAAUUGGAAUCAUUUCGAGUUUUAACACGUAUUUGCGCGCACACGGUAAAUAAACGUUGAUCUGAAAAUCAUUUGGGACUUUAACGCUCAAGGCGAGUGCGAUGAGGCGAUAAGUUCGUCGGGCCUUUAUUAAAUUUAUUACGAUUUUAGUUAGCCCUGCCCGUUUUACAAGUAACAAACAAGUAAAAUAAUAAAUUUAAUAAAAUGAAGAAAUUUACACUGCGUUUAUUAUUUUCGUUGAUCACACCUUUUAAUCGAUCGCCGAAUCA